AUGGGGACGCGUUCGGAGGAGCUCGCUGCCAGGUUGGCGGCCGGGGGCCCCGGCGGCGUCGGCGGACCAGCAGGAGGAGGAUGCGGGGAGGGGCAGCACGAGCGGGUGGUCGUGCUCCGCGAGAUCAAGAACCAGACCUUCGGGAACCAGACCAAGAAGCUCCUCUACCUCCGCCUGGGUGCCGUGUUAGCGGACGUCACGGCGCGUCACCAGCCAUGCUCGUCCAUGAGCGGCCGCGGCGGAGUACUUUGCUUGCGGCGUAGACGAUGGCGCGCAUGCCGUGCUUGCUGCUGGAGCCGUGGGGCACCUCCUCGCCCACCCCGACAACAAGUACCAUCCUUCUUCCGCGAUGCUGCAGCAUGCCAGGAUUCGCAGUGGCACCGCCGCAGCCAGCAAGGACACAAGCUCACGAGGAUUGUUGCCGCUUCGGAGGACAUGGGAGCUGACAUAGCCAGCGAGUACGUGAGCGCACGUAGGCACCAUCGCUUUCGAGGAUGCGAGAGCCAUCUCAGCUUGAGAGAAUGCGCAUACCAUCUCCAGUGUGUGCAACAAGUGUUCCUCUAA